AUGGUUUUAGGUGAAGUUUUGAUCGGUGGUGCUGUUGGACUUGGAGCUUAUGAGUUAUUGAAGCGUCGUCAAAGUAAUCAAAAUAAUAAGAAUAAUCAGAAUAAUCGUCAAGACUAUGGCGGCGGUUAUGGCGGCGGUUAUGGUACCGGUUAUGGUGGCGGUUAUGGCGGCGGUUAUGGUACCGGUUAUAGCGGCGGUUAUAGUAAUGAUUAUGGUUUUGGAAACCCAUACGGGUAUCAAUACGCACAACCUUACACUUACAAUUACGCAAGCCAAUCAACAUAUGGUAAUUACCAUUAUUGA